AUGGAGAUCUACAGCUUCGACUAUUUGCGGACUUGGCGCUCACUGUCAGGCAAGGACGUUGAAGAGGAGAUGCUGAAGCAGUUUGAUCGGUUCGCGAGGUCGCAGCUUCGCUGGCCUGAGCCCGACUGGACCGCUGAGCAACGGAAGCAACUGCACGACCGGUACUGGAAGGCAGGCAAGCCUGAAUUGUACAGGGCCAGAGUGACAGCCAUGGACAAGAUUCAAGGUCCUCCCAAGCUCUUCAUUGCGAACCCAAGGGUCGAUGCUCGCACUAUCAAUCCGGUCAAUGACGGGUCUGCUCUGAUCAGGGUCUUAGCUGUCGUCGAGCUCGGCAAGAUGAUCAUCGAUCACGUUAAGCCUAGCAUCGGUGAUAUUACUGCACUGGCCACAUCUUGCAAGCGUGCCGCUGUGUGUGUGCAGCUGAGCUUUGCAGUCUGGGAUUUCACAAAAGGAUAUUUCCCAACCGACGAGUUCAUUGAGAAAAGGGACGAGAACGGCCGCCUUGUCCAAGGGGGAGGUGUCCGCACCAACACUCUAAUCAUUAGCCCCAUCUCCGACCGACAGGAGGGGUUCACACGGCCCUACACGGCUGACUUUCUGAACCUUAUCGCUCUUUGCGGCGCUAUCAGGGAGGUCCCUUCCACCUUUCGGUCUAUUGUCCUGGACCAGAUUCCCUUUCUCGACGUGGCCCUCUUUGAGAUGAUGGUGAACACGAUGCCCAACCUGAAACCCCUGAAAACUGUCACCAUCACUCGGUGCGUGAGGCUCGAUGUCACCAAACUGAUGCCGCUGCUGGAGGUCAUCAAGCGACAUCCCCGCCGCUCAACCAGCACCAAUGCCACCGAGGGCAAGGGCAAGUUUAUUCGGCUCGACUUCUUCCCUUUUUUUCCUCACGGUCCGACCUCCUUCGAACGCUUGGGCUCGUUCGGCGUCACCUACAAUGAGCCCACAUUCAACACUCCCAAGGCUGUUUUCGCCCUGAUCACCCGGUGCUGGAACCUUGCCAAGGAGGUGGGCAUGGACUUAGUGAGCGACAGCUCAUCAUUCUGGAGCUUUGUUCGACAGUUGCCUGGCCCGGAUGCGCUCUGGGCGAUGAAGGCUAGGGAAGCCAUGCUCACUCGCGACUACGAUCUUGCCCAGCAGCGGCUCGACAUCAAGGGCAAGUCGUUUCGUGAAAUCGACCACAAGUUUGCCACCGAUUUUAGGGCCGCACUAACCGGUGACAAUCAGCCGUACCCCACGGUCCCCGCCGGAAUGGCAAGAUACAUGAGUGAAGAGCAGUUGCCGCCAAUCGGGCAGCACUGGGCCAAGUCGCUAACGUGCGGCAAGUGCGAAUUACCAACGACUUAUACCAAGACGCUUUUCCCGCUCCGGGCCGGUACCUGUUGGAGCUGCAAGAUGGCAAUGUAUGUCGACGAAAUGGAGGACAGCCACCUCCGGCUUUGGCAACAGGUCGCUAUGCAGCACUGGCUCCGCGAUCUUGACCCGAAGCUGGACAAUCUUCAUGCUCUGCUUCGAAGCGGGGAAGUUUAUCUCCGCGCCGCCCUGGACGAUGUCGCAUGCGCAGACUGGAUUUGGAAAUCGCCUGGCAUGCUAUCCCCACGGGGAAACGGACGAAAGACAGGCCAGACCAACUCCUACACUUCGGCAGCUUUGAAAGGGCUGCCUACCACGACGCCCACGCCGAAACCCACUGCCGAGUAUUUUGUACCGCCGCCUCCCCGGGAUCUCGAUGGGUUCCGUGCCUCAUUGGCUCGCUGGCGCUGGAACCACAACCCGGCCACCGAGCCUUUCGACUACCGCAAGGGCGGUCCCCAGCGUGCAGACCCCUGCAAGUCGCCCAUCUCACCUUCCGACUGGGUUGACAAAGAUAUUGGUGCGGAGGACAAGAAAAACUUCAUUAAGCGUUGGGAGUGGACUUCGGUCAGCGAUCAAACGUUCCGCCGCAUGUACCGGGAUCAUAACCAGUCUUGGGAUAUCCGUGCGGAUGACGUCCUGCGGAUGCUGAACUGGGCACGCUUGGACGUCAAUAUGCGCCAAAUGGUCCGAGAUGCCGAGCGGCGCGCCCAGAACAAGCACGACAAGAUCGUCCACCGAUGGCACCAUCCCAAGGUCGAGGAUUGUUUGAUCUCGAUGGGCACCCCGGGCCAGAUCGCCUUCAAUCUGGACAAGCCCAUCCCUGACCCUUACGUGCAUGCGGAGGAGUAUUGGGCCGCGGUGGACAAGCACAAGUUUAAUGCGAGCAAGUAUUGCCACACCAGGUCCGGUUGGUAG